CUAAAAUCCUAUAAUUCUCUUGAAUUUAUCUGAUCGAAUUUAUUUCACCAAUAUCAGAUCCAAUUUAGAUCUGUUCGCAGCCCUAAAUCUUGAGGUAAUGACCAAUCGCUGUAUAUACAAAUGUAGAUGAAUAUAUAUAUAUAUAUAUAUGUAUGUAUGUAUAUAUACAACCAACAGAUAGAGUCGCUAAGACCAAGUAAGCUCACCAGCUAGUCAGCUUCUUUGAUUCAACCCUCUGUGCAUCGCCGCCGAUCAUCGCCGAUCGCCGCCCUAGAACCGCCAGUUCAGGGGCAAGAGGGGUGCUGGGGGUGCGAAAUUCGCCGCAGCCAUGCCAGGCCCAGGUCCGCACAUGCUCUAUGCACUGGGCACGGGCCAAGCCCUGACGACCAUGUCCAACGGCCGGUUCAGCCCUCAGCACUGCAUCAUCUACGCCCUCAAUGCCUUCAUGGGUCCGGACCUGGGCUCAUUCUCCGAGUGGCUGACUUCGACCUUCGAGCUGGGUGAUGAUUUGGGGUCCCUUAUUGAAGAGCUUAUUCACCAUCACUUGUACUACAUCUUGAUUCUUGGGUAUCCUCUGUCCCUUUUUUACUGUUGGUUCUCUCGGGUUCUACUCCAAAAAGGGUUUCUUGAUUCCUUUUCUGGGCUGCCCCUUACUAGGAGACAAUGCUUCUUGUUGGUGUCGGCGGGUUCUUUAACACACUUUUUCUUAGAUAACUUGUUUGAGGAAAAUGGUCAGUCUUCAAUGUAUACUUGGAUAUUGAGUACCGGUUGGUGGGACGGCCCUGCGCCUAUUAACCCAGAUGCAGUUGUUGUAGUUGGCAUCCUGUGCGCUUGCUUGAUUGGUGGUUUUGUUUACAUAAACAGGGUGAAUUCCUCGAAGUCCAUUAGGAAAAAAUCAAAUGAGAGUAUGAAACUUUUUUUGAUCAUUGCAAGCCUGUACUGUCUAUGGUGCGCUAGCCAGAUAUACUUGGUAGAUCCCCGUCGACCAGCAAUUGGUGAAGAGGCUGAUCUUGGAGUUCUUGUGUUUCUAGGCAUUUAUUUUUUUCUCCCUCACUGCUUGUGUAUGAUGUCCAUGAACCCAAAAGAUAUUCCCGACAUACCAGAGCAUAUCCCACUUCAACACCACCAUUACAAUGACUCGUGACACCUCAAUAGCACAAGUUUGGUCUUCAAACUGCAGUAGAUUCAGAUAUUGCUGUGAGCAGACAUGUUUAAUGAAGCAUCAGUCCCAAGUAAUAUCCCGGCCUUGCGAUUCACUGGGUAUGGUCUCUAAAUAUCAUUUUAUUUUACACCAAUCUCAUCCAUCUACAGAUGGAGCUAGCAAAUUGUGCCUGUAAGCUGUCUUAGCGCUUGCUGCUUUUAAUAUGGACGGAUUGAAAAUUUUACACGGUUUAUAUAGUUAUGAAAUCCCGUGGUCAAGAAUAAGGACCUUGUUUUCCCCAGUUCUGUUACUUCUGUAAAUACAAAUGGAAAUACAAGAAGGUGCAUAAAACUCGGAAGGACGAUUUGAUUACUAAACUACUUGACCAUUGAAGAACUUGUUUCUGUAGACUGUACUUGUAUGCGUCUCCUAAGCUAAUUGCAGGUUUGCAUGUUAUUUUUUGGAGGUUCGGAUAUGAAUACCAUGAGGCCUGAACUAGUUUUGAGGCUAAAUGGAGCUUUAAA